GCGACUUGUUUGGAGUCUAGCAAGCAAGUUAUCCUCGAGAUGCAUGCAUGUAUACCCGGAAACUUGUUUACAACGACGCAGCGGACGAAAACAAGUUUUAAUCAUCUUUUAAUAAUGACCGUGACACGGCUGGUAGCUCUACUGAUUAUCUUACCGAUUGCUGCGGGAGAGCAUCGUCUCACCUGUCCUCAGACCAUAGAGGCAGCAGAAGGAGAUGAUGUCACUAUAAAGUGUGGUCUGGACCCCCCCGUCGACUUGUCUGACUACACGCUGGAUGUGGCGAGACUCGACCUCGGUGACGAUGAUGGUGAUGUCUACGUCUAUCGAAAUGGAAAGGACCAACAGGAUGGCCAGAUGGCUCAGUACAGAGGCAGAACAACUCUCAACCAUGAAGACCUGAGGAGAGGAACUUUCACUCUGAAGAUCUCCUCAGUAAAUCUGUCUGAUAGUGGUCCAUACAAAGUCUACAUCCCAAAACUGCCAGCCAGUUCUGUCGUUAACAUCACUGGUGUUCCCAAAGACCAAGCGAACAGGACAAAGAGAAAUGAUCCCAGCACACCUGGACCUCCAGUGGGAGAAGUGACCAAGUCAGACCAUCGGGGGGGCUCUGCAAAGGAGGAAUCUGUCGGGAUAAUAGUGCUGGCCAGUGUCUCUGGUGUUGUUGUUGUUGUUGGUGUUGGUGUUGUUUUUCUUCUCCUGGUCAAACAUGGAGUCAUCCACAUCUGUAAGAAGACGACAGAAGCCGCGACGAGGUCAAACAACUUAUCAGUGAAUUACCUGAGGACCCCGACAACCGAGGAGGACGGAGACCACCCAGCGCUGCAGGACACGGUCUGAGAGAGUUGGUGGUCCGAGACCAUAACCAGUCAUCCCCUCAACCAUAAAAACACAUCCAAACUUCAAAAGUGCGACACUUUCUGUCCUUUUGGCCUUUGAUUCAGAUUAGAAAAAACUCCAGAAGAAACCGUAGAAACCUGAGGAAGAGACACUGAGGAGGGAUUCUACUCUCUGGGUGGAUAGAUGGCAUGUGUACAGAAUGACCAAAGAAAUUAACUGUUAACGUCUUUUAUAGACAAACGGGAGAAGCUUAAAAUCAAAUCUGAACUGUAACCAUGGUAAUGAUCAUCUCAUCUGAGCAAAUAAGCUUAUUUCCUAAAUGUCUACUUCUUUUUAAAUGACUGUAUGUGCUCACAGGGCAAAAACAAUCACUUUCUAGAGCAGGGGUUUUCAAAAAUAUUUAUUUUCUCUGAUUAUUGUUGAACUCAUAUUUAUUUUAUUUUAUUGACUACUGUGAAGCACACCAUGUAAAAAAUCUUUUUAACAUUUUCUGACUGUAGCACUUUCCUGGAUGUUUUGUCCUUUUUUAUCUUUAUAAUUUCAAAUCUUUUCAAAUAAACAUGUAUAAAAAGGGAA